AUGAAGGGCGUUCAACAGAAUCCCAGUCACGCUGCGAGCCAGGACAUCGGAGUCAAUGGUCGGCGGCGACUGCCGUCUGUUCUGCGAGGUGCGUAUUCCCAGCCGAUCUACGAAACUGACGACGAGCAGGGGGACAGCAGCUGCUCCAUGUGCCGACCCGGCUGCGCCUGCCGACCCUCGUUGCUUUCCGCUCACUAUUUGGCGAAGCUACUCGAAAAGACAGUUUUCCGUCCGUCACAAGUCAUGCCAUCUUUCUACACCACCGACGAGUUCUUCGAAGCUGUGGUCUCGAAGGAGGCCCGGCGAGGCUUCGCGGACUGCUUCGAGACGGUGGAGAGACGUGCUGCAACGCAGAGGAAGCCAGGUGAAGACCAGCUCCCGAAACCGUACCCCAGCGCCCGGACAUCGCGUGGCGUCGACGAGGAUCGCCGCCCGUGCGAGGACACGCCGAGCGCCGACUCGACAUUGAGGGACCGCAGGGGCUUCCAGUCCUGCGGAGCGGAACGAGUUGUCGACGCAGACUCGAAGGCUCUGUCGGCCGCCCUAGCUGGAUACGGGAAAGUUCCGUUGUUCAUCCUUUGUGCAGAAGAACAUCUGCAACCUGGUUGGCUGUCGCAGUUUACACCGACGCAGCAUCUCAUGGAUAUUCUUGAACCUGAGGUGAAGUUCACGCGCCCUGAGAAGUUUGCGCAGUCUCGAAACCGCUGCCGUGACGCGGAACGACUCAAGCCGGAAUUCCCGGGCGACUCACGACGUUUCUCGCGACUUCGAACUGAGACAGGCACGCCAGGACCACCGGGACAGGAGUCCAGUUCGGAAAUGACGAGGCCAGCGCUGGGGGGUUACUUCUCUACCGGCCGCCGCGAACGAAAGCGGGGCCGCGAGGACGAGAGCGACACAGUGUGUGCGAUGGGAAGGAAUCGGGUAAUCCUGGUUGACAAGGAGACACUCGAGCAGAGCGGUUUGGAUCGCCGUUACAUUUGCCGCCUGAAAUCAGCUGUUCAGCUGCGGCGUCGCGAGCAAGCAGCAGAGAGGUCGCCUGCCAGUGACCGCCUUGAAAGCCCCGCAACGCCAGGCGGCCCCGCAACGCCAGGCGGCCCCGCAACGCCAGGCGGCCCCAGAACAGCCCCUGCGGACGAAGGCGUGGACAGGGGCGUCGUUUCCGCACGCGACUCGGAGCGCGGUGCACGGUUGCGACGGGGCCGGCUCGGGGAGAAGUUUCCUGCAGAAGGAGGCGUCGCUCGCGGCGGUGUAGGUGGUUGGAACAGAGACGAAACCGCGCACGCGCAGAGGAAAGAUGUUCCUAAAGGAGAGCCGGCGCCGAAAGUGGAGGGCGCCGCCGCGUACGCCGUUUCUGAGGGUUUCGGAGAAGCCUGGGGCGUGAAUCCGCGUGCGGACGAUUCCAAGCCGGCGCCGGAUUUGGAUUCCGUUGCGUAUCUGUUGCUGGCUCGGGUAGCUGCGCCGUACGCGAAUGUGUAG